GAGCGUGAGCUGGUGCUGAAGCGUAUUGCAGAGGACCGGAGAAGCUUGCAGGAGAAGAAGACCCAGCCGAGCACCCCUACUGAGACCACGUCCCCUCCAGGCAGCAGCGAAGGCCAGAGGCUGGGGGGUACGGUCCAGACCAGUGUGGAACACAACUGCAUCCUCAUGAUCCGACUGCCCUCUGGGGAGUCCAUGAGGGAGCGCUUCCCAGCCGACGCACCUCUGCGCAGUGUGGUGGAGCACAUCUCUGGGCGCCACCCCUCCCUGGCUUCCUUCUCUCUCCUCCAGGGGUUUCCCCGGAAACGCUUUGGGGAGGCGGAGUUGGCCUGCUCCCUGCGCUCCCUGGGCCUCAUGCCCAAUGCUGCCCUCUGCAUCCAGACCACGCCCCCAGAGACACCCCAGGACCCACCCAGCCCAGCUGCACACCUCUUAUUGGGCCAGGAGGAGGGAGUGGUUCCACCUCCUGCGUCUCCCCAGCCACAGAUACCAGUGCUGGAGGAGGGAGGGAUGGAGGAUCCCGCUCUGCCCCCACCUCUGCCUCACCUGUUGUGGGAAGAAGCAGUGGGCUACGCAGGCAUCCCCGGUGUUGGUCCCCCAGUGACCGGACCUUCUCACUCCUGGGGACGUGGCCAGAAGCUGAAUCCUGGUGAUGCAGAGGAGGCUGCCAGCUCAGAAGAUGAAGAGAUGCCAGA